GCCCUUGCACUCGAAAGUUUCAGGAGGAAAAGUCGAAGGGGCGAUCCAGCUGAGACUGGCCAUAGCUCACCGGCCCCUUUUGCGCCCGUGUUUUGCCAAAGAAAGAAAGCGACUCCCAGGGUGGACUCUUUCUCCGGAAGUACCCCUUUGAUGAAGGGUGACAAAGUUGCCCAUCCACCACGACCUUGGUCUAAUAUAGACAAGCUGUACUGUAACGAAACUAAUUGACAGGCCCACCAUGGAUAAUUCUGUACCACUUCCCUCCAAUCUCCCUAACACAAUUCCCUCAGACUCUGAGUUCAAUGCUGCAUAUGACCGGUGUGUGGCCUUGCAGGCUCGGGCCCCUAUCUUGCAGUUGGACCCACCACGAAGCCCAUCAACCCUCAUAUGUGCCCGUAUCCUGGGUUAUAUGUUGAUAUAUGCACCAGGUCGUCACAAUAUUGCAAAGGACAUUAGCAAAUGUGUUGAUGAUAAUGAGCUUCUCCACCUUGCCCAACUCACCUAUGACUAUUUCAUUUGUUUGUUCAAUGCUGCUAAAAGUCAGAUCCAUGAAUAUUCUUUCCUGGACCAUACCUCUGGGCCAUCAUUUGACACUAUCAAGGCAGCAAUAGCACAUAUAAUGGAGGAGAGUCCAAUAGAUCAAAGAACAGCAAAAGCACAUGCCCUUGCUCGGGACAACUUUCGUUGUGUUGUUACUGGCGCCAUUGAUUAUAUAGCCUAUCACAAUAACAAACAGCUUACAGUGGAGGUUUUAGCUCAAGAACUCCAGGUCUUCCACACAGAAGUUGUUCAUAUUUUUCCAGCCUUCACUAACAAAGGUGAGGACAACCUGAAGCCUGAGUAUGCAGCAAAUGAACGGACCAUAGUAAACAAUUUUGCAGGCCAUGAUAUCAGCCAAGAACUUGAUGGCAUUAAGAUCCAUUGUCUUGAAAAUGUCUUGACUUUGGCCAUACAUGUGCAUGCAUUGUUUGACAGGCUUGCCUUGUGGUUUGAAGAAGUGGACACACAACACACAUAUCAAGUAUGUGGAAACCCUGCAUCUAUAUGCUCAUUUCCUCCUAUUGUGACAUUCACAACUAGUGAUCCUCUUCACUUGCCUCUACCUAGUCCAUACUACCUUGGUAUUCAUGCAGCAUUUUGCAAAGUUGCUAAUUUCUCUGGAGCAACAGACUGUAUUGGAAAGGCUUUUGGGGAUAUGGAAGAAAUAUCAACUCUGGCAUCUGAUGGAUCAUCUGCAGAUACUUUGUACUGUGCUUUGAUUUGUGCACUGCUAGCUAAAUGA